AUGUCUUCACCUUCACUCUAUACGCCCUUUUUGCCCUUUACAGCUAUUUUCACCGCACAAACUGAGGAGGAACUCACAAUGGACGCUGUUGUCAAAGAGCUGGAUACUGAGGGACUUAUUCAGUUAUUAAAGCGAAAAAACUUAGGUUUAAAAGAGGAAUUCUAUGAAAUUUUAAGAAAAGAAUAUAUUUCCGGGCGUAUCUUUUCCGAUAUAACAGGAGAUGAGUUCCGUAGUAUGGGUCUACCGUUUGGGGCUGCAAAAAUUCUAGCAGAUUUCACCGAAACGUUAAAAACGCAAAAAUUGAAAGCAUACUCAUCAUACAAAACAGGGAAAGACCUUAAGGAUGUUUUAAAAGAGCAUGGAAUCGUUGGGACUGGCAUAGGAGACAUACCACAGUUUACACCUGAGCGAUAUAAAAUCGAUGAAAAUGAUGAAAUUCUAGAACUAUGUAUGACACUCAUCAAGACCAAGUUGCCCAUUCUGGAAACCCUACUUGCCGACGAUAAUGAAAGAGAACGUUGUGAAUAUGUAGAAUCCGUCCUAGAUUCGGCAAUACAUAUUGUCAGAAGGAUCACAGGAAAAAAGGUUACUCGCCACCCACAGAUGGAAGUCACUGGGGAAGAUAAUACUGGUCGAGUAGAUUAUGCCAUAAGACAUCUCUCGGAACUUAUCUGCAUAACCGAAGGUAAAUUUUGGAAUAUAACCGAAGGGUUUGUGCAAAAUCUGCUCCAACUUCAAAGUUCAUCUCAAACCAACAAGCGCAGUAUCGAUACUGCUUUCGGGGAAAAGAAUUAUAUUUACGGAAUAGUGACAACGGCAGAAGUGUGGUAUUUUUUGAAAUAUACCAACACGGGAAUUUUUUGCACAAGUAGGAAUCCGCUUAAGGUUGAGUUUAAUGAAUCCGCAUUAGAAGAUUUAAACGAGGAACUUAGUUUACGCAAUCAUGUAAAAAUAGUUCUGGAGGUGAUCGUGGGUUUAUUAAUAGAUAAAUUAGGAACUGUCGAACCACCGGUUAAAAAGUUACUUCUUUACAAGGUCUACGAUUACGCUGGAAUCACCUUGUGUGAUUGCAAAAAUUCUGAAUUCGAUACUUGG